ACGAAAUGUCUGCCACAGAUGUAAAUAAUAAGCUGAGUGAAAGCGAAGAAAGUGACGUCAUUAGUGAAGAGAAAGAGCUGCAGGGGAGUGAGUACGAAACUGAUAUAGAAAUCGAUGAUGAAUGUACAGAGAAAUUUGAUCCAUCUGGAAAAACAAGAUAUUUAAAGAAGUGUGAUGAACUUGGUAGGUUCUCUGGUUCUUGUUUUAGCACAACUGAUUAGUACGUUACUCGAUGCAACCUAUAUAGGCUGCCAACAGAUAUUGAGAUUUAUUAUAAUAUCUAUCUAUCUAUCUAUCUAUCUAUCUAUCUAUCUAUCUAUCUAUCUAUCUAUCUAUCUAUCUAUCUAUCUAUCUUCAAAUUCUAUAGUUUUAGUAAAAUAAACAUCUGUUGCUAUCUUAACACACGUCAAAGAAAAGGGAAAAGUAACAAAGUUUCUGCAUGUCCUGUAUAUAUGUCAAAAGCAAAGGGUUUAUCCAGGCAUUGAAAUUAAGGAACCAUAAUCUUUUACACUGGUACGUAACUUUAGCCCGUAAUGAGUGCACCUGGACGCUAAAAACACCCUGGUUAAAAAUCUUCUGGUUAAUCUAAAAUUAACCUGAAUGUUUGGGGUAACGUAAUGUUCCUGGUUAAUUGAAAUUAAACACUCCUGGUUUGAAUAUAGGAUUCCUGGAGGUUAAUUUAUAUGGUUAACAAAUUAGAUUAUGUUAGGCGGAUUAUUAACCAGGAAUUCUUGGUUAAUAUAUAGUACAUGCACCUGACAUAAUAUGGUUAAUUCGAUGCGAAGAAGUUGCAAAUAAAACCCAUGCACAUUUUCAUGCGCGGAAAAUGACUGGCGAUAUUUCGGCAAGUUUUAGACAAAGCCUUGGAAGCGAAAGCAUCAUAUAAUGAUUAUAAUCUGACUUUUGCGUUGAAAAAGCUGAUGAGAGAACCGUAAAGAACAUGAAAUUGAUUCUCCUUGCAUGUUGUUUUAGAAAACAUUUUUAGGAAAAUUAAUAUAACUUAAAACGAAUACAUCACAAUACAACUUGUUACUAAAUGGGAAGGAUAUAUUGCGGCGUCCUUACGCGUACAAGGUCUUUACUGUGCUAUAAUUCACGUAAACGUUUAAGGUCGUACUGAGGAAAGUCAACUUUUUACAAACCAUCAGAACAAAUGUUUUCAUAAAAGGCACUAUAUAUAGUGCAUAAUCAAAAUCUGCCUUUUUCAAAUAUACAUAAUGUUGAUAUUGUUAAAAUAUACAUAAUGUUGAUAGUUGAUCUGGUAAAAAAGGGGUGCUUGACUUCAUGAAAAUUGCCUAAGCAUCAGCGAAAGCGAUAGCUACGAGACCCUGUUGUAUCAUUUCGUGGCAUUUUGUUGACCGAUUAAGUGUCUUUGUUGUGGAAUGGGCUCCUUAAGUUUCAAGAUAAUUGUUUAUUUAUUUAUUAUAUUAAGUAUAGCAAUUAUCGGGGUUCCUUUAGGUAAUUAGAUUAAAUUUAUCUUCGACUGCCACUGUUCUUUGUCUGCACCAUUUGCACUACCUGGUAACGAAUCUUUUAUUUUAUUUGUGGUGUUACUCUGAGUGUAUAUCCAAACCGGGCGAGCUUGAAAAAUAUGCCCGGCCACGGUGGGAUUCGAACCUACGACCUUUGGAAUACUAGCCCAAUGCUCUUCCAACUGAGCUACGCGGUCAGGACGGUUCGAGUAAGUGAUAUUUCGGAACAGAAUCCAGUUCCUUCGAUACCAAUGUAUUCUAGUAAUAUGAUUUUUUUUUUGGAGAACCAAAUAACAUUUGGUUCUCCAAAACAAGCAGUGAAAACUUUUAAAAUAUCAUUAUAACAGCAUAAAAAUAUUAUAUUCCGAUAGGGUCUGUUUUUUGCACAAAAAACAUCCACAAAAACGCCGUUUGUUCAUAUUAAUUGUUUUUUCUUGUUUUUAUUCGUGUAUUUAAAACUGCAACUUGCUAUAAAAUCACAUACCGUUGGCUCAACCUACACAUAAUAAGUUAUCUGCAAAUAUAUAUGCGAAGAACAAAUACAGAACGACAAUUUUUUAUAACUGUAAAAUACAAUCAUUAGUAUACAUUUUGCAAAAUCCUAAUUACGACUUUUUUUAUCAUGUGUCUCGACCUCUAUGCCCUAGUAACAUGAUAUUACUCGCUUCUGCCAGUAGAAAACUAUAUAUUUUAGAUGAAACAACAAGAAAAAUUCAUGCGUUUCAUGCGUAUAUUUAAUACAGAACAAUUUUAUAAUUUAUAACUGUAAAUAACUGUACAAUUCGUUAAAAUACUCAUUAAUAAUUUAUACACCAUGUGGCAAAUCAUGUCAGCCAUAAUAUGUCACGUGGAGUGACUUUAUAUCUGAUAAAGUAUGUGGCAUUAUAUAAUUGUUAAUCCUAAUUAGUAUGUUUAUAUAAUAGUUCAUCCUAAUUAAUAGUCUUUUGUAGUCGUAUUUUAAGCUUUUCAAAACACGAGUAGGAGUGUUUUAUCAGACAUAAAACGCUCGGCUGCGCCUCGCGUUUUAUAUCUGAUAAAACACUCCUACUCGUGUUUUAAAUAGUACAUAAUUAGUGUACAUUUUGUAAGAUUCUACCAUGUAAUUCAGUUUAUACUGCAAUUUGGUUCUAAUAAACCGAUUAUUUGAUCACUGAGUUAUGUGUAGAUUGCGUGAUUUUUAUAUUAAGCUAUUGGCCGAUCAGAAGACAGGUAGUGACAACAAUGUAUAUAUACGAACACUUAAUAUAUAAAAUUUAUACCUUAAUUUCCAUCCGUAUACACAUGAAUGUAGAAAACGCGGAACUGGAAUGCUGCUUCAAAUAGUAAUUAAAAUCUGGGCGCAAUAUUUUGCUCCUCAUAUUGACUUUUAUUUGCACAGCACAUAUCAUUUCUAUAACGAUAUAUUCAUUGCAAUAUUAUCUCAUCUUUAGGAAUUGUACCGGUAUCGAGUUUUGUUUCAAAUCUCAAAAAUGUCUCGUGUGAUUUAAGGCACAAUAACCUUGGACCAAAAGGAAUGCAUGCAGUAGCAAGAGCACUGAUACAAAAUAAUUAUAUUGCGGAGUUACUUCUUUGUGACAACGCUAUACAACCAGAGGGAAGUGCUUAUGUGGCAAAAUUACUGCUGGAAAACUUUAAUAUCACCAAGAUAGACAUAAGUGAAAACGAAAUUGGCAGUGCAGGAGCUCACAGUAUUGCUCGAGUAUUAAAAGAAAACAAUAGCUUACAAAGUUUGAACUUGUCAGAAAACCUCCUGAAGCGAAAAGAUGCCAAUAUUUUAGCAGAAGCAUUGAAGCGUAACUCAGGAUUACGUCAUCUUGAUUUGAGUUGUAAUAAAUUCUCUGAAGAAGCUGGUCUUUAUUUAGGUAAGCUUUAAUAUGCUAACUUUUAAUGAUGAUGCGAAAGCCUUAACAACACUAGCUUGUUUCAUAUAAUUGAAUGUUUAAAUACAAUAUUUACUUUCAGACGAAAUUUUCGAACGGAUUACACCAUAGAAUGUCUACAAAGAAACUGUUAUCAUUACUCGGUGUUCAUUCACACCAUGUGUUCCACAUAUGUUGUAAAUGCUCUGGGCCUUUGGCUGUUUGUAAAUCAUAUUCUUUAACAUAAAACAUACCUAAGAAUUCACCUCCUUAAGGAAUGAUGUAUAUAAAAUAUGUCUUCGUACAAACCUUAAACGCAAGGUUUUUACCACUGAAAAGUUGCCAAACCAAUUAAGGGCCUAUGGCCUAUGCAUCAAAUAAUUAUGCCAUUCAGAAGGUUUUCUGCAGUUUUUCUUACGUUUGUAUAAUGUAUUGGAUUGAUAUGGCCAUUACUAAAUUUUCUCAUGGUCGUUGCUAAAGCGUAUUGUUGUUAUGAUAGGUACUGCCAUUGAUAUGAAUACUGGUUUGAAAACAUUGGAUCUUAGUUGGAAUCACUUGCGUGGUCGUAGCGCUAUUGCAAUAGCCAAAGGGCUGGAAAAUAAUUACAGCUUGCAUACACUUCUACUAGCUUGGAAUGGUUUUGGUGAUAAUGGUGCAUGCGCAGUAGCAAAAGCGUUGCUGGAAAACAACACACUCAAAGAACUUGAUUUAUCAAACAAUAGAAUCACUAAGAAAGGGUGUCUUGCGUUGGCAGAUGCUCUUAACAUCAACACAUCUUUGAAGAUCUUCAGAAUUGGUAAGAACCAAAUUGAAGGAGAUGGGGCGCAUGCACUGUUGACUGCUAUAAACAGCAAUGCUGACACAGGAAUUGAAGUACUUGAUAUGGAUGGCGUGGUCAUUGAGCAACAAGCACAGACCUUAGUGAGAAAGUUCCUGACCUCUAAACCACAGUUUGAUAUCUCUUGUGUAUUUGGAAAAUCAGGUAAUUUUCUAUCACAAUAAAGUUAAUGUUAUUUAUUUAACAUCUACAUGACAAUAUUUAGAACAACCAUCUAUUAUCAUAUUCUCUCGUUCACCAUAAAUUAAUGAUCUUUUUCCGAUUAAAAUAACCUCCAUGAGAAAGGUCAGAAAGUGUGUUCAUUCACUGAACUUCCAGAUUCCUUAACUAGACAGAUCUGGAUUUAAACGGACGCAAUGUAUCAGGAAAUAUAUGAUCAGAUAUGACGAAAAAACCCGCUAUAAUUGACUUAUUUUUGAAAAAUUGUUUUAUAUAGGUGGUCAACUUGGGCAAGAUCUAGAAGCUACGUACAACAGACGGCAUAAGCAAAGUAAAUACAGUGCUGAAUACACCGUUCACAUCCUUAAGGAAUACGUCAAAUCAAAAAAUCUUCGUUUAAUUGACCUAUUCAAUCAGUUCGAUAAAGACAAAAGCCAAUCAGUAUCGCGCGAAGAACUGAAGCGUGGUUUUCAGUCCAUUCAUGUUCCUUUAUCAGAUAAACAACUCGACAACUUCCUGCAUGAGAUGGAUACUGAUGGAGAUGGAGAAAUAAAUUACAGCGAGUUUACAUGGAUCAACGACGCCAGCUAA